CUACAACACGACCUCCUCCAACUGUGCCACCAGUGGAAGAACAACCUGGGGUUUGCACUGCCUUUAGUGGAAUCAACUACAUGACCCUGGAUGGCCAAAUCAUUUCUUUCCAAGGGACUGCUAAGUACCAGUUCAUCAGUUUGUGUGGAGUCUCCUCAGACAUGAAUAGAUUCCAAGUUGCCACGAGAACGGAGACUACUGUUGGAAUAAGCAGAAUGGAGUAUAAAAUCAUUGUAGAAACUUCAGUUGACAAUAACACCAUCGUGUUUGGCAUUGGAAAGUCUGUUAAGGUGAACAGUGAACUUGUAUUAGCUCUACCUUACACCAUACCAGGUACAGGUGUAAACAUCACCUACAACUCACAGGGUCAGAUACAGCUGGUCACUACAGCUGGGUUUAUGGUUACUUACGAUGGUGACCAAAUGCUUAAGGUCAUGGUACCAAGAAAAUAUGCUUCAGGAACCUGUGGCAUAUGUGGAAAUUUUGAUGGAGAUAAGACCAAUGAUUUGAGGCUGGCCAAUGGAACUGAUGUCAGCAAUGUUGGUGAAAAUAUACAAAAUGUGUAUGCACAGAUAGGCAACAGUUAUCGCAUUCUUGACCUGCAGUUCAGUCAUUUUGGUGAAGCUGAGCCUGUUCCCAACAUUACAUGCACAGUGGAUCAGUUAGACAUGGCAAAAACAACCGAAUACUGUGGACUGUUGAGAGAUAGCAGUAGCGUGUUCUCUGAAUGCAUCCACAAUGCUAACAUUGAUAUAGAAGGCAUGUACAGUCUCUGCCAGGCUGAUGUGUGUGCUGAACUUGGUGUAAACAACACAGGCAGAGCCAAGCAGAUGGCCUGUAAAGUCCUGGAGACAUUUGCAAGCGAGUGUAGAAGAUAUGGCUACACUGAAGCAUGGAGGAGUGUCUCAAAUUGCAGCUUAUCCUGUGGUCCAAAUGAAGUAUACUCAACUAGUACCACCUCCUGUCCAGCCACAUGUCACAGUCCAAAUGCUGCUGGGGACUGCACCUCACUACCAACAGAGGGCUGUGCCUGUGAAGAUGGGUACAUUCGAAGUGGCUAUCGUUGUGUGCCUGAGAGUGAAUGUGGAUGCACUGACAGCUUUGGGAACUAUCAUGAGUUGAAUGAAUACUGGAUGUCAGAAGACUGCUCAACAUGGCAUGGAUGUGAACUGAGGAUGGGACAACCUUCUAUUGUGGCAAACAAUGCCAGCUGUAACUCACAGUCUGAGUGCAGAGUUGUGGAUGGAAUCCGAGGAUGUUAUUGUGCUGCAGAAGACGACAUUGGUAGUGGUGACAUGUGUACAGCUGGAUCAACAUGUAUGGCUUAUGGAGAUCCACAUCUCAUAACCUUUGACCAGACCUUUAUGAGCUUCAGAGGCAAUUGCACUUACAAUUUUGUCCUUCCCCUGUCUAAUACGGACUACCCAGUCAACAUUUUUGUGACAUAUGAGUCGGAAGACAAGGGCCUGGAUAUUGCCCCUAUUGAGAGGGUUGAGGUGGAGUUUACUGGAUUGCCAAAUGUCAAAAUCCAUAAAGACUACACUGUUCAGGUGGGUGGAAUAACUAGGACAGUACCAUUUAGCCUACAGAGAGAAAAUGACAGACAUAAUGUAUACAUGGGUCCCCAGAAUACAAUUUAUGUUGAAUCUUUGUGGCAGAACUCUACUGGUGACUCCUUGAUUUUGGUAAUGGGUUUUAAUAAGCAACUUGGCAAGGUUUCCAUUUCCUUGCCCACUGUAAGGUUUAGUGAAAAGUUGACUGGAUUAUGUGGCAACUUCAAUGGCCUGAAAGAAGAUGAUUUGUACCUGAGGAAUGGAAGUGCUGUCACUUCAAACAGGAACCUGACGAAAGAAGAAAUCUAUUCCAUGGUUAGCAAAAGCUAUAUGUUGUCACAAAGUUGUGCACAAGAAACAGCAGAUUUCCAGUGCUCUGAAAAUGAAAUGCAGCUUGCAGCAACAACGAAAUUCUGUGGUUUAAUCAAGAACAAUCGUAGUGCAGCAUUUGCAAGCUGUAUAAUGAGUGGAAAAGUGGAUGUGGACCAAAUGUACUAUGCCUGCACCAAAGACGUUUGUAAAGCUCUGAGAAAUGGUGAUUCUGAAACUGCUAAAGCGGCUGCUUGUAGGAGUUUGAAGGUGUUGGCAGCUCAGUGUCCAAGAACAACUUAUGGAGAACAAUAUUGGACUUUAGCACAAUGUGAACCAUCCUGUGGUGAAGAUGAAGUGUUCAGAUCCAGCACCUCUGCCUGCCCUGCUACAUGUGCUAAUCCUGUUGCCCCACUGACAUGCAAGAAGGCAAAUGUGGCAGGUUGCAUGUGUAAACCAGGAUAUCUUCUGAGUGGGACAAAGUGUAUACCAAAGUCUCAUUGUGGAUGUGUGGAUUCUUGGGGCAACUACCACCAGACCUUUAUGAGCUUCAGAGGCAAUUGCACUUACAAUUUUGUCCUUCCCCUGUCUAAUACGGACUACCCAGUCAACAUUUUUGUGACAUAUGAGUCGGAAGACAAGGGCCUGGAUAUUGCCCCUAUUGAGAGGGUUGAGGUGGAGUUUACUGGAUUGCCAAAUGUCAAAAUCCAUAAAGACUACACUGUUCAGAACUCUACUGGUGACACCUUGAUUUUGGUAAUGGGUUUUAAUAAGCAACUUGGCAAGGUUUCCAUUUCCCUGCCCACUGUAAGGUUUAGUGAAAAGUUGACUGGAUUAUGUGGCAACUUCAAUGGCCUGAAAGAAGAUGAUAUUUACCUGAGGAAUGGAAGUGCUGUCACUUCAAACAGUAACCUGACAAAAGAAGAAAUCUAUUCCAUGGUUAGCAAAAGCUAUAUGUUGUCAGAAAGUUGUGCACAAGAAACAGCAGAUUUCCAGUGCUCUGAAAAUGAAAUGCAGCUUGCAGCAACAACGAAAUUCUGUGGUUUAAUCAAGAACAAUCGUAGUGCAGCAUUUGCAAGCUGUAUAAUGAGUGGAAUAGUGGAUGUGGACCAAAUGUACUAUGCCUGCACCAAAGACGUUUGUAAAGCUCUGAGAAAUGGUGAUUCUGAAACUGCUAAAGCGGCUGCUUGUAGGAGUUUGAAGGUGUUGGCAGCUCAGUGUCCAAGAACAACUUAUGGAGAACAAUAUUGGACUUUAGCACAAUGUGAACCAUCCUGUGGUGAAGAUGAAGUGUUCAGAUCCAGCACCUCUGCUUGCCCUGCUACAUGUGCUAAUCCUGUUGCCCCGCUGACAUGUAAGAAGGCAAAUGUGGCAGGUUGCAUGUGUAAACCAGGAUAUCUUCUUAGUGGGACAAAGUGUAUACCAAAGUCUCAUUGUGGAUGUGUGGAUUCUUGGGGCAACUACCACCAGCUGGGAGAAAAAUGGAUGUCAGUCAAUUGCUCCAUGCAAUGGAAUUGUGAAAAGGUUAAUGGAACUGCAGUAAUUACAGAUACUUCAGUUCAGUGUGACAGUAAUGCAGAGUGCUCUGUCAGGGAAGGAACCAGAAACUGCUUCUGUAGGUCACCUUACACAGGCAAUGGCUUUACGUGCACAGGACCAUACGUUGAUGCUCCAAGUCCACAGUAUUUGGUGGUAAAUUCUGAUGACACUAUCCAAUGUAGAGCUGUUGGACUGUGGACACCUCCACUUGGAAUGCAGUUUACUAAAGACAGUGCAAUUGUUUUGACAGAAGGAGACAAGUACAUGGUCAACAGCAGCAGAGGUUUGAUGAUAAUGAACAUCAGCACUGCUGAUGCUGGUUCCUAUAUAUGCUCAGUUAAUGACUCAGCAGGGGUUAGAGAUACAGCAACAGUGGAUGUGUAUACUGGAGCCUUACCUGUAUUAUGGUCCACACCCCAAGAUUCCCAUGUUGCUUAUGGAGAUAAUGUGACCCUCAGUUGCUAUGGUAAUGGAGAUUCUGUGUUAUGGUAUAAGGGCUCCACCUCUGGUGAAAUCAUUGAAUCAUCUGAAAACAUUGUGUUGAAGUUUAGCAACGCUACCCUCACCAUUCUGUCUGCUGAUGAAAAUGCAGUUGGCACUUACGUCUGCACCUCUUCCAAUGUAUUUGGGACAGUGACGUACUCAGCAAAUGUAACAGUUAUAGCUCCAGCCAUACCAUCCUUCCUCCUGUCCUUCAAUGGUACAAUGGGGAGCAACAAUGCCUCUCAACCAAUCCUUCCAUAUGCUUGCCGUGACACCUUCACACAGAGUAUUAGAGCCAUACUGGAUGACACAUAUCCAGAGACUGCUUCCAUAUUUGCCCUUCUGCCUGAGUGUGGUGGAAUACCAGGUGUUCAACUAAAGAAUACUGGGGAAAUACUGGUCAAUGCAUCAAACACCACAGAGGCUUACUUCUAUGCAGAAACUGUGGUGACUGCAACCUCCAUAAGUAUGGCACUGGAAACUUGUGGGAGAACCAUAUCUGAUCUUCUUACCUCUGUAACUUCUGUCAGCCCAGCUUCCCUGUACCUCUUUACCCAGGACACUGUAGAUUGUCCAGGUAUCCAGCUGAGUCCUGGCUACCUCUCAGAUGCUGGAAUGAAAUGGACAUGCCCACAAGGCUAUGUUUUCAGCAUGGUACCUUUCCAGUGUACUUUCUUGAGUGUCCUGCCAACAGUUCCCGUGAUUACUGCACCGAUUCCCACAACAGCACCAAUAGAAAUCAGCAGCCAGGAGGCAGAGGCUUUAGUUUCAAUACACAAUGCAAAUAGGUCAACUGUGGCUACUCUGAUGCAGGCAGCAGACAUGAGAACAUUGGUCUGGGCGGAGUAUCUAGCUGACCGUGUUGCAGCACGGCUGGUAGCAAUGUGUAAUAUGUCUGCUGUGGGCUCUGUCAUCACAGAACAAGGAGAAUCCAUAGGGCUUAUCACACUUGAUAUCAGCAACCAAACUCUUGUUGAAGGCAUCUUAGCAUUGUAUGAGGACUGGAUAUCAACACAACCACAGUGUGAAGUUACACCAUGCAAGGAAGAUCCAUACAAGCUUGUGUGGAGUAAAGCUUCAAGAAUGGGCUGUGCACUGCGUAAUUGUCUCAAUGGUGUCCAUCAAGCUGUUUGUGCAUAUGCACCAGGUCCUCCUGCACCUGCUGCGGGUGGAGUGUACAAUGAAAUGCCAUUUAAGAAUGGUACGCCUUGCUCAGCAUGUAAUACAGAUGAUGAUAACAGAGAAGCCUGCUUAGUUGCUGACAAACUAUGUGCCACACAGCCGUACUGCCAAGCCAAAAACUUGUCCUGUGCUUUGUGUGGUGGAUUUACCUGUAAGAAUGGGCAACCAAUGAAUUACACCACUUGUACAUGCCAGUGCUCAGUGGCAUAUACAGGUCUACGCUGUGAAAAUGUCACUUGUGAAGAGGUUUUAACAUGUCAGAAUGAAGGAACUUUUAGCUAUGACUCCUGCUCAUGUUCUUGCUCCAAAUUCUAUAUUGGGAAAACUUGUGACCAGUUUGACUGCAACACAUAUAACAUUGAUAGUUGGGCCUUCUGCGCUAACUUUUCUGAGAACUGUAACAGUGUACUACCUGGAGGAGAUAUUAUCAGACACAUCUGCCCUAUUACCUGUAAGAUGUGCCCAGUUCCAUCAGGAAGGAAGAAGAGAAGUAUAACUCAGCCUUUAUUGAGUAGUCAAAACGUUGGAAAUAUCACUAUCAAUAGGACAACAGAUGGCAAUGGGACAAAUAAUGUGGUAAUUGGAGACAAUAGCACUGUGGCUGUCCAGCCAUUAGUCUUAGUGUGGAAUGACACCUUCCCAACCUGUCUAGAUAUCAAGCCGCCAGUGUUCACAGUAUGCCCAGAGAACAUAAAUAUCACUUUGGGAGUGAAUGGUCCUGAGGAGGUUACCUUUGACAUGCCCCAAGCAGAAGAUAACUCUGGUCUCGUCUCAAUCACAUCAUUGCCACCAAGAGUAAUAUCACCUUAUAUGUUCAAGAAAAAUAUGACUGUGACGUAUACUGCUGAAGAUCCAUCAGGCAAUGCAGCCAACUGUACUGUCAAUGUUGUACUAAUAGACAUCCACCCACCCGUAAUGUACUGUCCAGCCAACCCAGUCAUGGUGAAUGUGACCACUGAUGUCCAGCAAGUCCCUGCCUCCUACCCCCUGGACACCGUCCAGAUAAGGGACUACAGUGGAAUAGCCAGUGUAGUAUAUGAUCCACCCAAUGGAACCAUGGUUAUUGUUGGGGAACCAAUGACAGUCACUGUGACAACCAUAGACGCAGCAGGCAACAAUGCAUCCUGCACUUUUAUCUUCCUGAUAGAACCUGCUGGAUGCCCAGACUGGACCCUAAUACCACCUCAGAAUGGAAACAAGAGCUGUGUUAGUGACAAAUUGCCCAGCGGCCUGGAUGCUUUGUUGUGUACUAUACUGUGUGAGGGACCAAGAUACUCUCUGACAGUGGAGGAUCCAGGACCUAGUCAGUGCACCUCUGGAGGACUAUGGUCUCCUAGUCCAUUCUUACCAGACUGUUCAUUCCUAAACCUCCCAGAGUUUACCAUCCAAAUUACUCUGGAUUUUACCGUGCCCUCUCUAGCAGGGUGCACUCCUACAUAUGAGGCAAGUGUGAUAGAAGCCUUGACCCAGCUGGCUCUAACCAGUUGUAGUGGCUUUGGAGAACUGAACAAGACUUCAAAAUCUUUAGGAUCCAGUGCACUCACAAAUGGGCUGAGACUGGACACCUCCAUAGACCUGUCCUUCAUUGACCCCACAGCAGAUAUUCAGGCCAGUCAGACAGAGCAGUGUGCAGAACUCAUCAGUAAUGCCCUGUUGUCCUCUACUGCCUUGACCGUCAUCAAUGUUACUACAUCUGGCUGCAAUGACCUGAACCUGGACGGUGUUCCGAAUAUUACAAAAGGCUACUCUUGUCCCAUGGGCCAGGUGGUCACAGUGAAGAAUGGAAGCUCUUUCUGUGCUGAAUGCUCAGCAGGUUUCUAUGCCUUCAAUGGCACCUGUAUGAAGUGCCCCAGAGGGACCUACCAGGACCAGUUUGGACAGACCAACUGUACAGUUUGUCCUUCAGGAACCUCAACUCGAUACGAUGGAGCCAAGAACCUUACUGACUGUAUAGCUUAUUGUGGACAAGGGGAAUUCUCAAAGAAUGCACUACAGCCUUGCAGUAGGUGUGAAGUAGGUUCUUACCAGCCUAACACUGGGUCUAAAGAUUGCAUAAUGUGCAGUGCAGGAACCACCACGCAGUUUGCUGGGGCAGUGUUAGAAAAGGAGUGUAAAGCUGUAUGUAACCCUGGAACGUUCAGCAGUUCAGGCCUGGUUCCUUGCAUUCCUUGUCCAAGACAUACCUUUGCUGACUUGUUUGGUUCCACUGUGUGUCAAGAGUGCUCAGAACAACUGGCUACUGUCUCCAUGGGGAGUAAUAAAUCCAGUGAUUGCAAAGUUAUUGAUCAGUGUACUCCCAGCAAAUGCCAGAAUGAUGGUACUUGUAACAGUUUUAGUAGAUAUUACACCUGCCUUUGCUCGUUAGGAUUCACAGGUAAAAACUGUGAGACUAACAUUGAUGAAUGUUCAUCUAACGACUGUCAAAACAAUGCAACAUGUGUGGAUGGCAUUGGAUCUUACAUUUGCACAUGUCCACCAGGUUUUACUGGCAGGUUCUGUGAGGUUCCCAUAGAUGAGUGUGCCUCCAAUCCAUGCAUGUUUGGUGAAUGUACAGAUGGCUUCCUGUCAUACGACUGUGCGUGCUUCCAAGGAUAUACUGGAGCAAGGUGUGAAAGCCCUGUUGACUACUGUCAGAGUCGUCCCUGUGCUAACAAUGGGCAGUGUUUCAAUGCAGAAAACACCUAUGAGUGUGUAUGUGAGGGAACAGGAUUUCAGGGUCCACAGUGCACAAUUCCAAUAGAUGACUGCCUGACCAUGAGCUGCCAAAAUGAUGGAAACUGUACUGAUGCUAUCAAUGACAUUAUUUGCAGUUGUCCUCCAG